UAAAAUCAUUGUUGCAGGACAAACCGCAGAGCUCGGCAGUUGGUGUAUGAAUGAGGAAGUCUAGCAGUAACAAGUUCCCAAAUGGUUGUUUUUGCAGACAAUAACCUUUCAAAUAACUUUCUUAAACAUCGACAACGGACUUGAACGACACCGUCGUCAAACAAGAUCUGACCACAAAAGCAGCCUGUACUGUUGAAUACUGCAAAUAGGACAACCAUGCCUUCUCUCUCCGCACCCAUUGAUGUCGGCAGCUCACCCCCUUCUCCAGUGGACAGCAGUCACAGGAGGCUGUCCUGGGGCAAACUGGUGCAAAGAUUGGCAGAUUUCAGCACAUCUGCCAACAGCAGCAGUAUUGAGUCAGUGUCCAACAAUGGCAGCAGGAGUGAUCUCUCAGACUCAGGGUCAGAUAUCUACAGUGACCUAUCUCCCUGUAAUGAAGACCUGUUUUACGAUCCAAUGGAGGAGACCAUCUUGAAAGAAGUAGUGGACCUUAUUGCAGGAAGCCUGAGAGAAGCCAAAGACUCAGACUGCGCCUUAAGAUGUGCCAAACUGCUCAUCCCUGAGAAACUUCUGGAGCACAUCGGACAGGAGCUCCUUCACCUGGCAGCUAGUGAGCCCUGCGGCUUAAGAGGGGCUCUCAUUGACCUUUGUGUGGAGCAAGGGGCCAUCUGCGAGAGCAUGGCACAGCUAUCUGUGGACCCCUACCUUGUCCCCACCUUUCAGCUAACUCUGGUUUUGAGGCUAGAGUCUGGCGGCCUGUGGCCUAAAAUCCAAGGACUUUUUAGCACAAAGUCUUCUUCCACUCCAGUUGUGAGACAAGCUAUUAAACUUAGCACUGGUUUCCGAGUGAUCAGAAAGAAACUGUAUUGUUCUGAAGAACUGCUCAUUGAGGAAUGUUGAAAAAUGUAUUGGACCCUUGAUGUUUUAUUGUCUUUUUAAAAACGCCCAGUUAAGUUCACUGAAGGGCCUUAUUACUUUAACUACAUGCAUACGAUGCCUUUUGAAGUGUAAGGAUGGACUGUGUCAUGAUGUAGCAGCAUAUUGUUCCCACUGUAAGGGAGUUUAUGGUACCUGGAGCAGGUGUUGUUUGAAAUUACAUGAUACAUGUGGAAUGUUUUGCGAGUAUUAAAGCUCGUACCUCGGUUUCUAUUACAACGUACAACGGCAGCUAUCCGAUCAUAGUCAUUAAAAACCAUUGUGUUGUUUUUUUUGCUUUUUAUACAUGGCAAUAAGUUGUGUACACCAAGUGAUGAAUUGUACACCAAGCAAAUCGUUAGGGGCUCUAGUGACUCCUUGAUUUUAAGAACAAAGGCUUUCCAAUGCCUGCAUUGUGAAGUUUAUGUGCAAGCUGCGGCUACGUUUUCAAAUGUAACUUGAUCUUGUUUCUGUGUAGACCUGUACUGCUUUCAACUUUAUUUAUUUGACAUUCAAAUAUUCUUAACAUUGCACUGUUUUUGUACUUUCAUGACUGCAAAUAAAUUAUUAUUUUU